AUGACCUCCCCCAGCCUUCGAGUCGAGCGCUUAGAGAGGUCAGUGUCGUGGGUCGCCCUCAGAACAGAGGCUCAUGAGAGGGUGUCGCCGGGUGUGAUGUGGGUGAAUAAUGUACGAAGGUUGCAUGACUUGCGGCUGUGGUGGUCGCUGCGUUUGGGGAGCAGUCUGGUCAUGCGCGUUUUGGCCAUCAACAUUCUUGUCGUCUUUAAUAGCUGCCAAUAUUCUUAUAUUUUCAAGUACCCGCCAUUUGUCAAAGCCUACCUCGGAAGUGCUGCACCAUCUUGUGAUUCUAGACUAAGGGAGACAACUCUACGGAUAUUGGUAACCAUGUUUAACAUUGUCUGGGGAAACGAGGGAGCCUUCUCAGUUGUGCGCCGAUGCGUUCAAAAGGCAACAGGACUAGAGUUUGCUGCCAAAAUUAUCAACACCAAGAAACUAUCUGCCCGAGACUUCCAGAAACUCGAAAGAGAGGCGAGAAUUUGCAGAAAGCUGCAACACCCAAAUAUAGCUGAGCACUCAAGUGACACUCACCAUGUAACGAGACUUCUUGUUCGUCUCCAUGAUAGUAUACAGGAGGAGUCGUUCCAUUACCUCGUCUUUGAUCUGGUCACCGGCGGAGAGCUGUUUGAGGACAUCGUCGCCCGAGAGUUCUACAGCGAGGCAGACGCUUCACAUUGUAUUCAACAAAUUUUAGAAAGUGUAAAUCAUUGUCAUCAUAAUAAUAUUGUACAUAGGGAUUUAAAGCCGGAGAACCUCCUUCUGGCCAGCAAAGCCAAGGGCGCCGCCGUCAAACUUGCAGAUUUCGGCCUCGCAAUCGAGGUGCAAGGGGACCAGCAAGCAUGGUUUGGUUUUGCAGGCACGCCGGGCUACCUCUCACCCGAAGUCCUCAAGAAAGAACCUUAUGGAAAACCUGUAGACAUCUGGGCUUGUGGUGUAAUCCUAUACAUCCUCCUGGUGGGUUACCCUCCCUUCUGGGAUGAGGACCAGCAUAGGUUAUACGCCCAAAUCAAGGCAGGAGCUUAUGAUUAUCCAUCACCAGAAUGGGACACUGUAACUCCAGAAGCCAAAAACCUUAUCAACUCAAUGUUGACUGUUAAUCCAGCCAAGCGUAUUACUGCUGCUGAAGCACUCAAGCACCCAUGGAUCUGCCAACGUGAGCGUGUAGCCAGUGUGGUGCACAGGCAAGAGACUGUCGACUGCUUGAGAAAAUUCAAUGCCAGAAGAAAGCUAAAGGGCGCCAUCCUGACGACCAUGCUUGCCACUGCGUGCAACUUCUCUAAAAGUGGUCGUUCCAUCAUCACCAAAAAGGGAGACGGGUCGCAGGUCAAGGAGAGUACAGACUCAAGCACGACCAUAGAAGAGGAGGAUGUGAAGGACAAGUCCAAGUCGCAAGUCGAUAGAAGUACCACAGUGAUCGCCCGAGAUGCAGAAGGCGGGGAGGAGAAAGCUAAAGCUACUGCAGCGUCGGUGGUGGGCGCGAUGGCCGGCCUUAAGAACAGUUUAUUAUCGGGCGGCUCUGGUGGUGGAGGUGGAGGUGGUGGAGGUGGUAGCGGUGGCGGAAAGCCGACAGCAGCCUCGGCCGGUGGUGCAGGGGGGUUGAUGGCGGCUGUGGCUGCAGCGGCCGCAGCUGCAGCGUCGUCGACCGCCCCUGCCACACCGUCUGCGGCAGCCAACCCUACCGCUUCUACAAAAGAUCAUAAAGCUGAGAAUAAUACAGAAACCGCGCGGCAAGACCGCAAAUCCUGUAGCGUCCAGCUGAGCAGUGUCCAGCUGAGCAGCAGCCAACCUAACAGCGCCAAUAGGAACAACAAUGUGUUGGACC